AUGACUUUAUUAUUAAGGUUAGGUUCAAAGUACUUAAAUAAAAACUACGAGUCAAUUCGGUGGUUAAGUAAUACAUCAGCUGUUGUUACUAAAAUUCAUAGAAAACAUUUUUUAAAACAUUAUCCUACUCUUGUUGUUGAACCUGACGGUUCAACUUAUACAGUUAGAUAUCAUGAACCGAGAAAAAUUAUUAAGUUACCACUUGAUUUAAGUAAAUUAUCUGAAGAAGAAAGAAAUUAUUAUCUUCAAAAAAGAAAACCAAAGAAAAAAGUCAUAGUUGAAGAGAGUUUCGAUGAUAAUUUCGAUAGUAAUAAAUAUCUUAAUCUCUUAAAGAAAAAAAAUUAG